AUGAGUGCCGCCACGGCAAACGCCAACCGCGCGUUUCCCCUCCACGCUUUCUCCACGAAUCCGCUGCGCGAUCGAGAUGAUGUCGUCAAGGCUGUGGCUUCGCUGCUGGAUCCGCUCUUGGCGGGUUUCUCAGAGCACAGUUCCAUGGUCAAAGUUGGAUCCACGGGAACUCGUUUUGACGAAACUGCUGCUCAGGUCGAGGGCUUUGCGAGACCGUUGUGGGGUCUUGCGGCUCUGUUGGCUGGAGGCAGUGAAUAUGCUGGCACCGAUAAGUUCGUCCAGGGUCUGGUGAAUGGCACAGAUCCUGAAAGCCCUGGAUUUUGGGGCUACAUGGAGGAUAUCGAUCAGAGGAUGGUGGAGGCGUGUCCGAUUGGGUUCACACUUACUGUUGCAAACAAGCAGUUUUGGGAUCCAUUGACAGAUAAGCAGAAGAAGAAUGUUGAGACAUGGCUGGGUAGUAUGAACGGCAAGGAGAUGCCCAACACCAAUUGGCUAUGGUUUCGUGUCUUCGCCAAUCUCGGUCUUGCAAAGAACGGAGCAAACUGGAACAGAGAGCUCGUCAAGUCAGACAUCAAGCAAUUGAACACCUUCUAUCGUGGUGAUGGUUGGAGCAACGAUGGCCCUGAGCACUACCGUCAAAUGGACUACUACUCCGGCUCCUUCGCCAUCCAGUACCUUCAGCUCCUCUAUGCCAAACUCGCCGCCGACAUCGACCCUGAACAAGCUUCAGAGUACAAAGAGCGCGCACGACUGUACGCUCAGGACUUCGUCCACUACUUCGACCCCGAAGGCCGCGCUAUCACUUUCGGACGCUCACUCACCUACCGCUGGGCCAUGGCUGCAUUCUGGGGCUCUCUACCAUUUGCCGAUGUCGACCUCCCUUCCCCCUUAUCCUGGGGUGUCGUAAAAGGCAUCUGGCUCCGCAAUCUACGCUGGUGGACCACACAAACCGACAUCUUCCAGUCCAACGGUAUGCUCACAUUAGGUUACUCUUACCCCAACACCUACCUCGCCGAGAACUACAACUCCCCCGGUUCGCCAUACUGGUGCAUGCUCGCCUUCGCCCCACUGGCAGCUUCAAAAGACCACCCCUUCUGGACCGCGAAAGAAGAACCCCAUCCAUACGCCAACGAGCGCAUUGCCAGACCGCUAAAACACCCCCGCCACAUCGUCGUGCGCAGUGGAGGCCACUCCUUCCUCCUCAGCAGCGGGCAGUCGUGCCACUACGCGAUCAAGAACUCGAACGCCAAGUACGGCAAAUUUGCAUACAGCUCUGCAUUCGGAUACUCUGUCUCCACCGGAUACCAGGAGCUCGAACAAUUCGUUCCAGAGUCCUCACUAGCUCUAUCUGAUGAUGGCGGCGAGCUGUGGAAGAUGCGCAGAGCGCAUAAUGGCGACUCGAGCAUCGAGACUUUCGAUGGUGUGCCGGUGCUGGUGAGUAGCAUGAAGCCCUGGCCUGAUGUUGAGGUACAAACAUUCUUGGUUCCACCGGCUGAGGAGAGUCCGAAUUGGCAUCUGAGGGUUCAUAAGAUCACGACUGGACGCGACGUGUUGACUGCCGAGGGCGCGUUUGCAGUGCAUGGAGCUAAGGAGGCCGAUGGACGAGCGUUCAACGGCUUCGAUGAGUCGCUUCCUGAGGGAGGCAAGGAAGAUAAGCAGAGUUCGCUUGCUGCGUCUAGAUCGGGAGCUGUUGGUAUUGUAGAGUUGUUGUCGACUAGUCGCGCUGGACACGUUUUGCAGGCAGAUGCGAACAGCAACUUGGUUGAGGCGAGGAGCGUGGUGCCACUGCUUAAGAACGAACUCAAGGCAGGUUCGACGACAUGGUUUGUUACUGCUGUAUUUGCACUGCCGGGUAGUGUCGAUGGGUGGAAGAGGAGCUGGAAGGAGGAAUGGGAGAAGAAGCCCACCAUACCGAAGUGGAUACAGGAGAAGAUUGAU